ACAAUGCUUUGCUCAGUAAAUGUUUUCACACGUUGCUCUUUGGGGCUGAUCAUUUUAAAGAUCUCAUUUCAGGCUGUUAAGUGUAAAUGUGUGUCCUUGUUUUUGGUUGGAUUGGAAAAUUCUGUCCUGAAGCGGCUGACAGGGUGACCAGAGGUGAGAAACAGAGGAGACAUGGACGCUGUGUUUGGACUGUUGGUGCUACUGCUGGGAGUCUCACAUGGUGUAGAAACACACUGUGAUGGCAGGCAGAAUGGAGCUGUGUGUUUUGGACCUCUGGGAGGAACCGUGGUCUUUCGGCUGAUGGAUGAUGCCUCCAAAAUAUUUAGAUAUGACUGGAAAAAAGGAGAUACAACCAUUUUACAGGGGAGGAAGGAUAUGAUUACAAAUAAUCAGAUUGAAAGCAGAUCCUCAUUUACUCCCAGUAAUGGAACAUUUAGGAUCAAUGACCUGAGCAGGAAUGAUGUUGGUGAUUAUACUCUUGAAUUCUUUGUUGAUUCAAGUGGAUUCAAUAAAGCAACACGAACUCUACAGUUGAACAUCCAAGGUGUAGAAACACACUGUGAUGGCAGACAGAAUGGAGCUGUGUGUUUUGGACCUCUGGGAGGAACCGUGGUCUUUCGGCUGAUGGAUGAUGCCUCCAAAAUAUUUAGAUAUGGCUGGAAAAAAGGAGAAACAAACAUAUUACAGGGGAGAGAGGAGAAGUUUAUAACGAAUCAGAUUACAAACAGAUCCUCAUUUACUCCCAGUGAUGGAACAUUGAGGAUCAAUGACCUGAGCAGGAAUGACGGUGGUGAAUAUACUCUUGAAUUAUUUUUUGAUUCAAGUGGAUCAAAUAAAGCAAAACAAACUCUACAGUUGAACAUCCAAGUUCCUGUGUCCUCUGUCCGGCUGACCUCUGAGUGUCUGUCUGAGGGAGAGAAGAGGGUCUCCUGCUCCUCUCAGGAAGGGGACAGCCCUCAGUACAGCUGGACGCUGAAUGGACGAACACUGAGCAACUCACAGCUCCUCUCUGGAAACAGUGAAAGUCAGAAUAUCACUCUGAAACAAGACCAGUCAGGACCACUGGCCUGCACAGUCAGAAACCAGGUCACCAGUGUCACCAAAGAAGAGCAGAUAUCUACCUGUGGCUUCCAAUUCUUUGACUGCACCUUACUCAAUGGGACGUACAUAACAAAGUGGUUACUUCCAACCAAUGAAACUCAGUGUAUUCAAUCAACAACACUUUCUGGGGGUAAGGAGACUGUGACGAUUACACCCUCUAUUAUUAGCAUAACCUUUAACUACACCACUUUACAUCAAACAGGUCUCCCCUUGCUCAUGAAUGUUUUGCGAGCAGCUGUGGUAAUCCUGGUUUUAGUCGGGACAGUUGUCUAUUUUGCUUGGAAGAAAAGGAAAUCCCAGAAAGCUGAGGGCUCUGCAGACUUUGAAAUGUCAGAGUAUGAAAAUGAUUCUGUGAUAAUAGCUGAAAGGAGAACCUCUCCAUCUGAGCUUUAACUGUCAAGUCAACAUGUCUGCUGACUCUCACAGCUCAGCUUUGUGACUUUACUCAUGUAAAAAUAAGGUGUAGAACAAAAACUCUGUUCCUGUUUUAUUUCAUCUCACUUCUGCCUAAAGCUUAAUGUGUGUAUGUAAAUACAUUUUUAUGUACAUUUUUGGACAGUUUCUGUUUUUUUGCAUCAUUUAAUUAAAAAAAAAUUAUUCCUCCAAGUGUUUAUGAAAGGACUAAGCAUUGCCCUGUGGUUUUCAGAAUGCUCUUCCUUCUUCAUCUUCUUUGAACUUUGAAUAUGAACCCAAAAAUUAAGGUCAUAUAUUAUACACACACACACCAGAGUUCAACCUUUAUCUUCUUAUUAUUAAUACUAUAGCCUCAAGUGUGUAUUGCUUAUAUGCCUAA